AUGGGAAAUUAUUCCUCAAAGCAACUAGGCAAGCGCGUUAGAGACACCGAUGCUUCGAGUCCGAUCAUUUCGAAGAAACAAAGAAACGAACAGUCGGAGCAGUGCGAGGGCGAAUCGCCUCAUCUUCUUCCCUCCUCGGACUCUUUGGAGAAGAUCGAUGUGCCGUCGGCGUCCGGAGCGAAUUCUGACCCAUACGCUUCGUCCAUCUCCGUGAUUGGAAACAAUUACCACAUAUUCUUGAGCUUUAGAGGCCCUGAUACUCGCAAAGGCUUCGUCGAUCACCUCUACCAUAGACUCAAAGAUGUGGGCUUGCCGUUCCAUCCCAACUUUGUGUUCAGAGAUGAUGAGUACCUCCCCUUCGGUGAGGACAUUGCUGCAAAUCUCCUCAGUGCAAUCGAGCGCUCUAAGGUUUCAAUCCCAGUCAUCUCUGAAAAUUAUGCUGCUAGCGAAUGGUGCCUCCGUGAACUCAUCCAUAUUAUGGAGUGCAAGGAAAGUAGAGGACAAAUAGUAUUGCCCGUGCUUUACAAGGUGAAACCCAAGGAUGUGAAACACAUGCUAGGAAAUUUGGGGAGGCCUUCAAAUCCAGAAUGGACCGUUUUAAGGAGGAUGUCAAGCAACAAGGGCCGGAAGCACUUAAAAGCACUUACUCUAAGAGUAUACGAAUCAGAGAAAUUUGCUAGUGGGCAUGAAGGGGAAUUAGUAAAUAGCCUUGUACAAAUCGUCUUGCGCAGCCAGCAAGAAGAUUUUAAACCACGUCUUGCAAGGAACUUGGUCGGAAUUGAGGAUCGUGUGGCUGAGGUUAUGAAAUUGGUGGGUAUUGCUCACCUGGACACUCGAAUUAUUUGGAUUUGGGGGAUAGGUGGCAUCGGUAAGACAACUCUAGCUACGAUCAUUUAUAACAAACUUUUUGAAAAAUUUCAAUACCACAGCUUUCUUAAGGAUAUUAGAGAAACAAUUAGUCGCAAGGGUAUUGAGCAUGUGCAAUCUCAACUAAUCUCAAAUACAAUAAAAAUUCAUGACUAUUCAGUGCAUGAUCUUGAUCAAGGGAUUAAUAUGAUCCAAUCUAGUUGUACACAAAAGAAGGUUCUUUUUCUUCUUGACGACGUGGAUCAUGAAGAUCACCUCAAUAAUUUGAUUGGAGGUUGUAAAUUCUUGCCAGGAAGUAGGAUAAUUGUUACGUGUCGACAAAAGUCCAUCAAAUGUCUAGAUAAGGCCAUGUCAGAGUCUACGUAUUUGUAUGAACUUCAAGAAAUGAAUUACUCACCCCCUUCUUCCAGCACCUCAAAAACCAUCCACAGUGGUCGGGUCUCACAAAGAGAGAGAGAGAGAGCUGCAAUGGGAAAUUAUUCCUCAAAGCAACUAGGCAAGCGUGUUAGAGACACCGAUGCUUCGAGUCCGAUCAUUUCGAAGAAUCAAAGACACGAACAGUCGGAGCAGUGCGAGAGUGAAUCGCCUCUUCUUCUUCCCUCUUCGGACUCUUUGGAGAAGAUCGAUGUGCCGUCGGUGUCCGGAGCGAAUUCUGAACCAUCUUCUUCGUCCAUCUCCUUGAUUGGAAACAAUUACCACGUAUUCUUGAGCUUUAGAGGCCUUGAUACUCGCAAAGGCUUCGUGGAUCACCUCUACCAUAGACUCAACGAUGUGGGCUUGAGGUUCCAUCCAAACCCUGUCUUCAGAGAUGAUGAGAGCCUCCCCUUUGGUGAGGACAUUGCUGCAAAUCUCCUCAGUGCAAUCAAGCGCUCUAAGGUUUCAAUCCCAGUCAUCUCUGAAAAUUAUGCUGCUAGCGAAUGGUGCCUCCGUGAACUCAUCCAUAUUAUGGAGUGCAAGGAAAGUAGAGGACAAAUAGUAUUCCCCGUGCUUUACAAGGUGAAACCCAAGGAUGUGAAACACAUGCUAGGGAAAUUUGGGGAGGCCUUCAAAUCCAGAAUGGACCGUUUUAAGGAGGAUGUCAAGCAACAAGGGCCGGAAGCACUUAAAAAAGCACUUACUCUAAGAGUAUACGAAUCAGAGAAAUUUGCUAGUGGGCAUGAAGGGGAAUUAGUAAAUCACCUUGUACAAAUCGUCUUGCACAGGCAGCAAGAAGAUUUUAAACCACGUCUUGCAAGGAACUUGGUCGGAAUUGAGGAUCGUGUGGCUGAGGUUAUGAAAUUGGUGGGUAUUGGUCACCCAGACACUCGAAUUAUUUGGAUUUGGGGGAUGGGUGGCAUUGGUAAGACAACUCUAGCUACGAUCAUUUAUAAUAAACUUUUUGACAAAUUUCAGUACCGCAGCUUUCUUAAGGAUAUUAGAGAAACAAUUAGUCGCAAGGGUAUAGAGCAUGUGCAGUCUCGACUAAUCUCAAAUACAAUAAAAAUUCAUGACUAUUCAGUGCAUGAUCUUGAUGAAGGGAUUAAUAUGAUCCAAUCCAGUUGUACACAAAAGAAGGUUCUUUUUCUUCUCGACGAUGUGGGUCAUGAAGAUCACCUCAAUAAUUUGAUUGGAGGUUGUAAAUUCUCACCAGGAAGUAGGAUAAUUGUUACGUGUCGACAAAAGUCCUUUAAAUGUCAAGAUAAGACCAUUUUGGAGUCUACAUAUUGGUAUGAACUCCAAAAAAUGAAUAUUGAAAACUCUUUGCUUCUGUUUAGCAUACAUGCCUUUGAAAAGAAACCACCUCCAAAACAACUAGGGACUCUUUCUCGUGAUAUUGUUGCCACCACAGGAGGGCUUCCCUUAGCUUGCACGGUUAUAGGUUCACAUCUCAAAGGAAAAGAAGAUCAAAGAAUAUGGGAAGAUAUGCUAGAGAAAUUGAGGAACACGCCUGAUGAGACGGUACAACAACGGUUGAGGAUAAGCUAUGAUUUAUUAGAACACGUGGAGAAACAAAUGUUUCUAGACAUAGCAUGUUUUUUCAUAAGAAUUGACAGAAGAAUUGCCACCUACCUAUGGGAUUGCAAGUUAGAUCCAAGAAUCAGAUUGGAAGAGCUGAUUAACCGCUCGUUAAUAUAUGUUGAUGAUGACAAUGAGUUGAGAAUGCAUGAUGAAUUAAGAGAUUUAGGCAGAGCUAUCGCCUGUCCAGCAGAUAAGGAGCUUUGGGAUUGUAGCAGACUAUGGGAUGAGGAUGCCAUGAUAGUUCUAAGGUGCAAGGUAACAAUUAGGUCUACUUUCGUCCUAUUCCAUGUCCUCUAA